AUGCCUAACCUGCACUCUCUUCCCCUGGGCACACGCCCUGAGAACGCCAUUCGUAACAACGGACCCGACAAUCUCGUGCUGGAACGCGCCAAACUCCGGGAGUUGGCCGAGGGAUGGCCUUGUUACCGGGACGCCUGUGAGUGGGAGAAUUUUGAAUCGAUCUUCCACCCUGAUGCCGUCGUCUACACCACUUGGUCCGGCCGCGUGGGCUACAAGGACUUUAUCGCUGGCUCCAAGGCAGGCAUGGACAAUGGCGCCUUCAUCAUGCAUCGGUGCCAUGGAGCCACGACUGAUAUCACAGCAGACGCCACUCGGGCGGUCACCAAGCUCAAAGCGACAAUAACACAGCGAUUCGUGAUUGAUGGGAUCGAAGUAGACGCGGAAGCCGACUGCCGCUUCUGCUUCUUCUUCGAGAAGGCAGAUGUCGACGGUAAGGGCCCCCGGUGGGGGGCUCGAUUCGUGCGACACUGGUACGAGAAGGACAAGCUGCUCCCGGUUGUGCCAGGACGAUUUCCCAAAAUAGACGUGGACAAGUUGAAUUCCUAUCCCGAGGGGUACAAGUGUCUUGUGUACUGCCAGGAGCUCACAAUGGGGGUCAAAGUUCUCCAGGACAUGCCGGGCCACCGGAGGCAUGCGGGAACAUUGAGCGGGGAGAAGCAUGACCUACUGUAUCGCCUAGCAAAGGACUGGCUUGAUGGGAAGGAAAUCGAUGUCUAG